AUGUACGUGGCACCUGUAGUUCUAUUGGCUGCAAAAGUCACGUUCAAAGUCACGCUCACGUCGGACCCAAAGCUACCGUACCGCGUGGUCAAUGUACCGGAACAAGCUCCGUUCACAGCUGUGCUCAAGUAUGUCGCAGAAGAGUUCCACGUGCCGGCAGCUACAAGCGCGAUCAUCACGAACGAUGGUAUUGGCAUCAAUCCGGCACAGAGCGCUGGCAACGUCUUCCUGAAGCAUGGCUCGGAGCUGCGUCUGAUUCCACGCGAUCGCGUUGGAAGCUCUGGUUGCUGCUAA